AUGGACUCCACUGAAAUACAAACAGAAAUUUGGAAUCAGAGAAUUACAGUUUCUAUCAACCUCAGCAACCAAGUCGAGUCCAAGAUGUGCCUUCCCUACAUUGCUCUUCUCCCCCGAGUGUCCUACCUCGUCCUCCUCAAGAAGGAACUGCUCUCCCACUUUUUCCAUUCCAUCAGAGAAGACAAAUUGAAGGAAUAUUCCAAGCAAAUGUGGCUGGAAUGGAAAGGGAGGGCAAUCCGCUGGGACUACCCGACCGGUCUCCUCCACGACCUGUACGGCGGAUCCACCGUGUGGAGUCUCCGACUGCAUGUGGAGGUGGUGGUCUCCGAGUAUUCCAGAACUACCCACUGGCCAACAUAA